AUGAGUGAGACUCAACACCCGCGGCCCAUGCCGGCCCACGCCGACGAAUAUAUGGAAAAGGGCCGCGACGGAGUCGUCCACGAUGUCAGCAAUGCCUUCGACAAGCCGGAGCACGGUGCGGGCGCAACAUCCGACAGGGAGGCCCAAGCCGGCGUCCUCGAGGUCGAGGCCAUCGCCACGGUCUGGUCCAAGACCAGCCUCAUAGUCGCCUACGUGCUGAUCUGGAUCGUCUACUUCAUCAUGCUGACGCAGCAGGCCGCCGAGGCCGCGCUGAACCCCUUCGUGACGUCGGCCUUCCAGCAGCACUCCCUCACGCCCACCGUCGGCAUCCUCAGCAGCAUCUUUGGCGGCGCGUGCAACCUGACCGUCGCCAAGGUGCUCGACGUCUUCGGCCGGCCGCAGGGCUACAUGGCGUCCCUGGUCGUCGUCACCGUCGGCCUGGUCAUGAUGGCGGCGACGACGAGCGUGGAAAUGUACGCCGCCGCCCAGGUCUUCUGGACCGUCGGCACGGCCGCCCUGCUCUACAGCGUCAACAUCUUUGUCGCCGACACGACGGCCCUGCGCAACCGCGCGCUCAUGACGGCCCUGACGGCGUCGCCCAACAUCGUCACCACGUGGCUGGGCGGCCCGAUCUCGCAGGGCUUCCUCGAGGGCCCCGGGUGGCGGUGGUGCUUCGGCGCCCUGGCCAUCAUCGUGCCCGUCCUGUGUCUCCCCCUGUUCGUCCUGCUGAUGAUGAACUACUUCAAGGCGAAGAGGCAGGGCGUCAUCAAGCCGAGGGCCGGGUCGAGGGCGCCCUGGCAGUCUCUCCUCUACUACUGUCGCGAGUUUGACGCCGUGGGCCUCUUGUUGAUCACGGCCGGCCUGGCGCUGUUCCUCUUGCCCUUUAACCUGUAUACGCAGCAGGCCCUGGGGUGGCGGUCGCCGCUGAUUAUUUGCCUGCUCGUCUUUGGCGUCGUCCUGCUGGCCCUGUUUGCCGUGUGGGAGAGGUUCUUUGCCCCCGUCACCUUUAUCCCCUACGCGCUGCUGCUCGACCGCAACAUGGUCGGCGCGUGCGUGCUUGGCUCCGUGCUUUUUAUCAGUUUCUGGUGCUGGAAUAGCUUCUUCAGCUCGUACCUCCAGGUUGUCCAGGACCUCAGCGUCACCGAGGCCAGCUACGUUGUCCAGAUAUAUGGCCUCGGCAGCAGUCUGUUUUCCAUUGCCGCCGGCGUCGCCAUUCGGUAUACCGGCCGCUUCAAGGCCAUGACGCUCUACGUCGCCAUCCCCGUUUACACGCUGUUCAUGGGGCUCAUGAUUUACUUCCGGGACCCAAGCAUGAGCGUGGGCUAUCUCAUCAUGUGUCAGAUAUUCAUCUCCUUUGCCGCUGGCAUCAUCAUCAUGACGCCGCAGAUUGCCGCCAUGUCCGCCGCAGACCACCAGCACAUUGCCGUUGUCAUGGCCAUCCUGUCCAUGUUUUCAUCCAUUGGCGGCGCCAUCGGCCUCACCGUUGCCGGUGCUAUCUGGCAGGCUGUUUUCCCCGUCAAGCUUGCUGAGUAUUUGCCGCCGGAAGAUCUGCCGAAUCUCGUCAGCAUCUAUGCCGCGCUCGAUGUUCAGCUUAGUUACCCGAUAGGAACGCCUACACGCACUGCGAUUCAGCACGCCUACUCAGACGCCCAGUCCAUGAUGUUGACUGCUGGUACGGCUAUCUGGGCUGUUGGCUUUGCUGCGGUUGCCAUCUGGCGAAACACUGACGUGAAGAACUUGAAGCAGGUCAAGGGACAGGUCAUUUAG